AAUCACACCUCACCGCUGUGUUACAGUGUUGGAAUUUUCAAGAAUGCUUCUUUAGCUUUUUUUUGUCUGUGUGGGUGUUGUAGCUAAAUUAUUUGUUCAUAAAGUCUAAUGUCUUGCUUGCUAUGCAGUCUCAUAAAACAUUCCAAAGUGAAGAGAUGCUUUAGCUUUAAGUUUACAAAGUGAUCAAAUUAUAUGAAUAAGCGUCCGAAAUUACCACCAUACCAAAGAAAGAAACCCACAAAGACAGUAGACAAUUAUUUCGCAAUGUCAAUCAACGCAACGAUGGUUGAUUUACCCCAUGGUAUGGAGCCUCUAGAACACCAAGUUGCCGGUCAUACGUUUCAACUGGGCAAUAAAACAUUAGGAAUCAUAAAGAAUAAAAACGACGGAUGCGUUCUGAAAUCAUCGACAAAAGAGCUGUGCCGUGAACGAGAAAUCAAAUUUUACGAAGAAUUGCGGCAACAAAAUGAUAAUGAUUCAAUGUUACUUAAGGAACUAGUCCCAGAAUAUAGGGGCAUCGAAAUGGUAGUAAUAAAUGGAAAACCAAUAGAAUUUUUAAAACUUGUAGAUAUAACCCAUGAAAUGACUGAACCAUGUAUUAUAGAUAUUAAAAUUGGUAAAAGGACUUGGGAUCCACUAGCUUCCGAGGAAAAAAUGAUGGAAGAAAAACAAAAAUACAAAGCGUGCAAACAAAACCUUGGAUUCUGUAUCCCCGGUUUUCAAGUAUACGACGUCACAACUGGUCGAAUAAAAAGGUAUGGAAAGGAAUACGGAAAGAAGUUGAAUGAGACGACCGUUAAAGAUGCAUUGAAAAUAUUUUUAAAUUGCGAGAACGGCACCAUGUGUCGUCCGUUGUUGAUGCAACUAUUGACGGGACUGUGGAAAGUACACAAAUGGGCUCGCACAAAUAAAGCAGUGAGGAUUUAUUCCAGUUCAUUGCUGUUGGCGUACGACGCCAGACGUCUGCGUAAUGUUAUUCAGUCGAACUGUAAGAACAGCAGCCCAUCUAGUCUGAAUGGAUCGCCAAUUUUUCUACAAAAAACACCAACAAGUGCUGACAAGACGGGCAAAUUUACUUGGCCCAAUCAACCCACCGACAAUGUUCAACAAGUUUAUAGAAAAGUGCAAAGGUGUCAUUCGGCUAAAAAUAAUUAUGACGAAGACUUGAAAUCUAUCAAAGAAAAUUACGGAUUCAUGCUGGACAAUCUAAUCGAUGGCCAUGAAAUCAAAGAAUGGGCAUUUGUCAAGAUGAUCGAUUUUGCGCAUGUUUUUCCGGCGGAAGCUGAUUGUCCAGAUUCGAAUUAUCUGUUUGGCGUUGAGAAUUUGGUUAAAGUAUUUGAAGAUUUCCUUAAAGAGUGUGAUUAGAGCGCCAGUGGCUGCUGUGUGGCCACGGAGGCAAAUAAAAAGCAAAAAGUUUUCAUUUUUACUAAAGAAAA